AGGGGCUGCAAACGCACGCGGCGCUUAUGCAGGUGAGAAAGGGACGCUUGGAUUGAGAAUUGCGGGACACUAUGAAGAUUCUCUCGUAGGAAUUUCACAAUAUCUACAUCGGAAUUACAAUUGUCCGUGUUUGUUUCAUUUUUGUUAUUCCCGCCUGGUCAGAGGUUUUGUGCUGGGGAGUUUAUUUUGUAUUUAUUCCACUCCCUAUUGCCUGUAACUGUGUGAACUAUAAAACACAGACUGCUUGUUAUAAGUGAGUGGAGGUAAAGGAAUCAGAGCGCUCGGAUUCUGCUUGGAUAGGCAACUGGACACACAAUCACUGCGUCUCCACUGCUUCAAGGUAAGAGGACGAGACCCUCCGUAAAGUAGGCUACUGUAUCACCACAACUUGGGAAUCUGUGUGGGCAUUCCAUUGCCACUACUCCGUAUUGGACAUAUCUUCGGACGGGGAAAUUAGGAUUUUCACCAUUUACAUCAUUUCUAUAUCAAUAUUGGAAGAUUUUUUUGUAACUGAAAAUACUUGGACUGAUUUUAAAUUUCAAUUAAAUAAGAUAGCGUUUCUCUUUACGCGCAUAAAAUAUUCGGAUUCCUAAUGAAUUCAUGGCAUAUGAUAUGACCGGACUGAACGGACUGUUUCGAUUGUGUUUUGCCCAGUUUUUAUUGAAAGAAGGAAAGAAACAUUAAUUCGGUGGAAAAGGGGGAGAGGAGAGCCCGUCCACUUGCUCUUAUUCAGUGCAGUCGAAGCGGUGUGGGAAGACGUCCGGAGGAUGAAGUCUCACACCUCCUGAAAUGGAGGACUACAAAUAAUCCGAGAACGAAAAUUAUUGUUUUCCAAACAGUAUACCAGCAAGUAAACGACAUCCUCAUUUGAUUCAAGGCUUUAAAAUCCAUUCAUUACAUUGCGGGGAACAAUGAGGACUACUGGCGCAGUGGACUAUUUAUGCUACAGUAUACUCAUCCUGCAGCUGCUGAAUCAGCCUGCUGCUAAGCAAGUGCUCCGAUAUCGCUUGGCUGAGGAGGGACCCGCGGAUGUCAGGGUAGGGAACGUAGCCGUGGACCUCGGAAUCGUUGCCGGGUCUGGCGAGGUGACAUUUACCCUCGAGUCCGGAUCUGAUUUUUUCAAAAUAGAUAAUAUAACAGGCGAGCUGACCACCAAUGAACGGCGGAUAGACCGUGAAAAAUUACAGCAGUGUCAAAUGAUAUUUGAUGAAAACGAGUGUUUCAUAGAUUUUGAAGUGUCAGUAAUUGGACCGGCGCAGAGCUGGGUUGACCUGUUCGAGGGGAAAGUCAUUAUUUUAGAUAUAAAUGAUAACACCCCGUCUUUCCCAUCUCCCGUGCUGACCCUAUCGGUGGAGGAGAACAGGCCGAUUGGCACUCUCUAUCUCCUACCCACGGCCACCGACAGAGAUUUCGGGAGGAACGGAAUUGAGAGAUAUGAGCUUAUUCAAGACAGCGGGGAGAGCUCCAGGCGCCUGGGCUCCAGCUCAGGUGGUCGCGGGGCUGACAGGAGAUUCGACGAGGGGGCAGGCAGGAGCAGCGUCUUUGAACUGCAAGUUGCUGACACAACCGACGGGGAGAAGCAGCCGCAGCUCAUCAUUAAAGGAGCGCUGGACAGGGAGCAGAGGGACUCUUAUGAGCUCACCCUGCGUGUUAGGGAUGGGGGCGACCCCCCACGCUCCUCCCAGGCCAUCCUGAGGGUGAUGAUCACUGAUGUGAAUGACAACAGCCCCCGCUUUGAGAAGGCUGUGUAUGAGGCUGACCUGCCGGAGAACAGCUCCCCUGGUGCCCCCAUUCUGCAGCUGAAAGCAGCUGACGCAGAUGUUGGGGUGAACGGUCAGAUUGAGUACGUAUUCGGCGCAGCCACAGAGUCAGUGCGUAGGCUAUUGAGGCUGGACGAGAGCUCUGGGUGGCUGAGCGUGCUCCAUCGUAUUGACCGCGAGGAGGUGAGCCAACUGCGCUUCACUGUGAUGGCGAGGGACCGAGGCCAGCCACCCAAAAUGGACAAGGCCACCGUGGUUCUCAACAUCAAGGAUGAGAACGACAACGUGCCAGCUAUCGAGAUUCGUAAGAUCGGACGCAUCUUCCUGAAGGAUGGAGUGGCCAACGUGGCUGAGGAUGUAGUGGUGGACACGCCUAUAGCUUUGGUCCAGGUGUCAGACCGCGACCAGGGGGAGAACGGUAUCGUGACCUGCACCGUGGUGGGUGACGUGCCCUUCCAGCUCAAACCGGCCAGUGAGAUUGAGGGUGAGAUGAAUAAGAAGAAAUACUUUCUCCAUACAUCAGCGCCACUGGACUACGAGGCCACACAGGAGUACAACGUGGUCAUCGUGGCAGUGGACUCAGGAAGCCCUAGCCUGGCCAGUAAUAACUCACUCAUCGUAAAGGUGGGCGACUUCAACGACAACCCACCCAUCUUUAGCCAGAACGUGGUGGAGGUGUCCUUUCCAGAAAACAAUGCCCCCGGCGAGAGGGUGACCACUGUGCAGGCCAUAGAUGCUGAUAGUGGCAAGAACGCGGAAAUCGCCUACUCCCUCGACUCCUCUGUGAAUGGGAUAUUCUCCAUUAAUGCAGACAACGGUGACAUCAGAGUAAACACCAUUCUGGACAGAGAACAAACAGAGAGGUACCAGUUCAAAGUGAUAGCUAAAGAUAAGGGCAUGCCCAUACUCCAGGGGUCAGCCACUGUGGUAGUCUUAGUGGCUGAUAAGAAUGACAAUGAGCCUAAAUUCAUGCAGGAUGUGUUCACCUUCUACGUCAAAGAGAACCUUACACCCAACAGCCCUGUUGGCAUGGUGACCGUCAUUGACGCCGACAAAGGCCAGAACGCAGAAAUGAGCCUCUUCAUCGAGGAAGAGGAGGAGAUCUUCUCCAUUGAGAACGACACAGGAACCAUUUUCUCCACCAUGUCGUUUGACCGCGAGCAGAAAACCACGUACACGUUCCGGGUCAAGGCUGUGGACAGCGGAGACCCACCCAGAUCAGCCACUGCCACCGUGUCACUCUUCGUGAUGGACGAGAACGACAACCCGCCGACCGUUACCUUCCCCAUCAAUAGCUCAUACACCCUCCUGCCCCCCUCCAGCAAUGUUAGGACUGUAGUACGAACUGUCAUGGCCACCGAUACCGACACAGGGAUCAACGCUGACCUAAACUACAGUAUCAUCGGGGGCAACCCUUUCAAACUGUUUGAGAUUGACGGGGGAAGUGGGGUCAUCUCACUGGUGGGGAAGCUGGAGCAGAAACACUAUGGCCUCCACAGACUGGUGGUCCAGGUGAACGACAGUGGCCAGCCCUCGCAGAGCAGCACCACCAUGGUGCAUGUCUAUGUCAACGAGACCCUCUCCAACUCCACCAUCGUUGAGGCCCAGGUGGCUAAGAGCCUGGGCACUCCGCUCAAUACCAACAUCGCCGGUGACCCCAACUACGACCUGGGCAAGCAGCGACUGAGCAUUGUCAUCGGCGUGGUGUCGGGCAUCAUGACGGUAAUCCUCAUCAUCCUCAUCGUGGUCAUGGCUCGCUACUGCCGCCCCAAGAACAAGAAUGGCUACGAGGCGGGCAAGAAGGACCACGAGGACUUCUUCACCCCUCAGCAGCAUGACAAGGGCAAGAAGCCCAAGAAGAACAAGAAGAACAAACAGCCGUUGUACAGCAGCAUUGUCACCGUCGAGGCCUCCAAGCCCAACGGCCAGCGCUACGACGGCGUCAACGAGAAGCUGUCCGACAGCCCCGGGAUGGGCAGGUACCGCUCCGUUAACGGAGGGCCCGGAAGCCCGGAUUUGGCCCGGCACUACAAGUCCAGCUCGCCACUGCCCACGGUCCAGCUCCACCCCCAGUCGCCCACGGCUGGGAAAAAGCAUCAGGCUGUUCAGGACCUGCCCCCUGCCAACACCUUCGUUGGCACCGGAGAUAACAUUUCCCUUGGAUCUGACCACUGCUCCGAGUACAGCAGUCAAACCAUCAACAAGUACAACAAACAGGAGAUAAAGAGCAUUAAACACACCCGGACCUUGCCUGACGUAGCCAUGACAGGCAAGUGCACCCGGGAAUGUGACGAGUACGGCCACUCGGACUCCUGCUGGAUGCCUGUUCGCACGUCGCCCGAGCGACGGCCCAAGACGACCACCACCCAACAACCAAAGCUUUCCACCUUCAUGACCAGUGGCGGUAGCGGCAGCAACCCUCCCGAGCAGCAACAACAUCCUGGCAGCCAGGAAGCCCUGGUCGCUAUGGCCAACGGAGACCCCUCCUCUCACGUGAUGCUGGGCAACGACCGCAACCGCAACUUGCUCAAUAAGAAGAUGGCCUCCUCCUCGUCCUCCUACGAAGCUUUCGGCUCGCCCAGCUUCAGCGCCGGGGUCGAGGAGGGGGUGGUGGUGGGUCACCCCAUCGAGGAGAUCCCCCUGGCCCCCACCGGGGAAUACAAACCCUCAUCCUGUGGCACGCUCACCCGCCGGGAGGUCUACCUGUGAGGGGGGGCGGUGGAGCUAGCGCCACGGUAUGCAUGGUUCUAACAACAAACAACAACAACUAUAGUAGGCAACCACGACGACAACAACUGAAGACACUUUUUACUGUACCAGACCGACCUUAACUGAGCAGGAACGGUCCAAGGAUAACCCCUCUCCUAGACAACAACAAACAUCAAAAACAACAACGUGAAACAAUGCUAAAAUCAACGUGGAUACAAAAAUAAUCCCUUUUUGUAAUUCAGAUUCUGACCUUAUCUUGCAAGAGGAAGAGGAGGAUGGGGCUAUUGGUGGGACUUGAAGCGAGACAUUGGAUAACUGCUGCCGGCCGGCGAGUCGGGCCAAUGGGAACAUUACUGCUGCCUGAUGAUCACCACUGUACAAUUACCAACUCAUUUCCAUAAAACAUGCAUGCAUUAUCUCUCCCUGACCCCACCUCCCAAAGACUGUACUGUACAAAAAGAGGACCUUCCUUUUUCCCCCCCAUCGUUUUCUAUAACUGAGUGUGACAAUGAAACGUGUGACAGAGGACCGAUGUCAUGCCUUUGGGGACUUAGUGGCACUCCCACCCUGAUGCAAAUAUCAUAUACAUUCAAUAAUGUGUCACGUAACACAUGUCACGUGUCAUGACCCCCCCCCCCCCCCCACCCUCUGCUACUUAAGUUGCGUUCCUCCAAAACACAACCAAACAACAACAGACUGUGAAAGCUACUAGCAUGGCAUCAUAGAUCAUAACAUUUGGGAAAGACUAAGCUUUAACUUUCUGUCCUGUGGAUAAGACGGUGCAUAUCGCCUCAAUCGUGGCAGAAUAUCAUUGACAAAUGGAGGAGUCAAUACGGUUGGCAAUGUCCUAGCCAUAGGAGUCCAUGAAACACACAAUGUCCUAGCCAUAGGAGUCCAUGAAACACACAAUGUCCUAGCCAUAGGAGUCCAUGAAACACACAAUGUCCUAGCCAUAGGAGUCCAUGAAACACACAAUGUCCUAGCCAUAGGAGUCCAUGAAACACACAAUGUCCUAGCCAUAGGAGUCCAUGAAACACACAAUGUCCUAGCCAUAGGAGUCCAUGAAACACACAAUGUCCGAUGAACUGAUGUCCAAGUAUGCUUAUUUACAAGUGUGCUCACUUUGUCUCUCUCAUAGACACCAACACAAGUGUACGUUGUACAUAUACAUCGAUUCAGACCCUUUGACCUUUAAAGCUCACUUGUCUCUCUACCUUACUCUGCCUCUCUUUCUCUGUCUUUGGAUGGCCUGAGAGUUGAAGACUAAACCGCCCUUCCAGACGUAAUUUUCUAUCUAGAGCCAAUCUGAAUUGGUUGUCGUUCUUUGCUUGAAUUGCGUAAUAUGUGUACGUGGUUGUGCAUACUGUAUCACCCCCGGAAAAUAUUGAUUCCUAUUCAGAUGAAAGUUAUAAAGCUGAUUAUGGUUAUUCUCUUGCCCACACAGACAAGCAGACACAAAUCAACACACACAGCUAACAUGUCAUGGUUACACUUUAGGUGAGUUAGUUGAGGGGAAGUGCUGGGUAUGUCAGAGUGAACAUGACAGGGUAGGUUGAGCUGAACCAGAACAGUGAUGUGGUGAGGUUUUGCCGUGACAUUUAUUUUGUGUUAGCGUGUGUGCUAGAUUGAACAGUACAUAAGGUACAUAACCCCUGACACGAACACACUAUCUAUCUAUCGCAUAAUAGUAAGCAUAGACAUACACUCUAAGUCCAUGUCCACCUUCCCCAUAAAUGGAGAUGUCACUAAUGGCGGAAGUAGAUUUGCAUAUUGACACAGACAGACAUCUUUUUGAGCAAGAAUGUAAGAAUCUGCUCAAUGAAGUACAAUCAAAAAUACCUGCUGAUGUACAGUCAGAAAAAGGGGUGUGAAAAUACAAUGGUUUAACAUUGUACCUUACAAGUUAGUAUGAACGAUAAACCAAAACGUAGGGAAUACAAACUGGCAUAUGGAUUCAUCAUUUAUCAGAGAGUAACUACAAUACCACAUAGAAUUAGCUUUCGGUAGUUAUGUUGCUUUAAAUACACACAUUUACACAGUGAGAGUACGGGUUGAAUUGAACAAGGACACAACAUGUAGGAGAAUAUCUGUUGUAGUUUGGACUGACACAACCAUAUGCACACACACACACACACAUAAUAUGAAGAUAUUGUGCCUCUUUACCCAUCGCAAGUUGUGUUUUUCUGCCGGUACUGUAAGUGGGCACAAGGUCUUGCCGCCAUAACUGAGAAAAAUGAAUUUCAGAUGCAAUGGAAACCCUUGUAUAUGUUAGCUAACCCUUUGGUUCAAAACAACUGCUAUUUGGCAGUCCACCAAUCUGUAGUCUGUAAGUACUACUUGUCGUUCGAAGAAGCGCUCCUAUGCUUAUAAACUGUAUACAUAAAUAUGUACUUUUUACUGCAUGUUUAAAAGGAAUUUACUUCACUUAAUGAGGAGAAUUAAAUGUCAAAGAAAAAUGUACAAAAAAAAAUCCUUAACCGGUGAACAUGGAGGUCCAUCUUGUUGCUUGCUUUGGUUUUACCUAACAGACAUUAGCCAUGUAGUUCGAUUAAUAAGUAUAUCGAUUUGAAGAGGAAGAAAUGUAUGUUGAUUUAGCAUAUUUCAUAUUUCGUUCAUGUUCCAUCAUAUUUUGUUGAUUGUUGGUUUUGUUUUGUUUCCUUUCAGACACAUUUUCACAGCGUUCCCCAAUUCCAUUGAACAGUUAACCCUACAGUAAACCCUACAGUGAUAACAGAGAUUCAGUUGAAGUAGUCCUACCCUAUCCUGCGUCCUGGAAAAGUCUGACGUACAUAAUACAGUGAGACGAUUCACAACUUUCUACCGGCAUUUCGGUUUCAUUUCUCCCUCUUUUUUUUUGUAUUUGAUAAACAAUAACAAUCAGAAUAUUGGAAAUGAUCAUCGUUAUGUAUUUUAUUCGUUUUUUUUUCUCUUAUUUUCUGGUGCAACUUUGUAUAUUUAGCUUCUGUAAAAAAAACUAAAAUGUAAAAAAAAAAUACUAAAAAAAAAACUGUAGAGUGAAUGCAAAAUAUGCAAUUGUGCCUUUUUAUACCGAUUGGUAUGAUUCAAUGUUGGUUUGGAAUGGUACAAAACCAAUUAUGCUGACAUGCUUUCUAAAAGUAGUGGGGAUGAUAUUAUAGUCCAAUUUUAAAUACCUCCUGAGGAACUUGUACGAUCGAGGAACGAUCCAGUUACUUUCUGUCUUCUCGGGAUGUGACCAGUCAAAUGUUUGUAAGCCUGUUGACACAGUGUGGUACAAUGAUGUGGAGUGGCUAUUGGAUGGGUCUCAACGUGGAAUGUUCAAGGUAUUAAUAUCCAUUCCUAGCAUAGUGUACUUUCAUAACCAAAUUACUACUUUUUGUACUGCUUAUUACUAGUAAUAAUGAUGACGUAAUGGAAAAAUGAUUAUCCUAUUGCUACAGUGUUCUGCUGAUGUACAUAUUCAGUGCGACAACCUUAUGUGCAUGAAACAACUCUCCUGGAUUGAACACAUUGAGUGUAGUAGAAGAAACGCUUGGAGACAUUUGACAGUUCAGGACGCGAGGAAGCCGAUAAAUGCUAAAUGCAGAGGUUGGAAAAGUGAGGAGUAAAAAAAAAAAAAGUACAAAAAAAUGCUGCAAGGUCGAGAUGCUGACAGAAUGCACACCUCAGGACAUAAAGCAACCCCUAAAACACAUUUACAACACAUGCAUUACAAACAAAAACUCAACACAUACACACAUUUUUACAAAGCAUGAUGCGUUACAACACUGGAAACAAGAAAGAAGUUGUAUAGUUGGUUCUCGUUGUGUUAUACUUUCAGUGAACAUAAAGGAAAUUGCAUGUCUGUGUUUCUAGAAAGACUGAGAAAUUUCUAUAUAGUGUUAUAAUAAGCUUUUUUGAUUGUCAAAAAAUGCAAUUCUUUACUCAAACAUUCAAUAGGCUACUUGUGCUUACUUCUAAAUGUACAAUAUUAUCUGAUAGAAAAGAAACAGGGACAAUAUCAAAUGGAUCCUUCCUUGACCUGGUAAUCCACAGAUGACGGUCAAGUUUGGUUUUUAGAAGAAAAACUGAAUAAAAUGUGUCAUAUUUUUGCUACCUGAGGUGUAUGUUUAGUCAGAUCUCUCUCCUAUUCGUUGUUGAGCAUUCACAGUCUGUGAUGAGAUUUGUGAUAUUAACCAUAAACUAUUUGUCCUGCGACUUGGAUGUUGAUAUAGAAAUUGAGUAAACAGUUUAUCCUUGUUUAAUUAAGUAUGAGUCACUAUGCACGCAGCUUAGCUGAACAUGGCAAAAUGUAUUGAACGUAAGGCAACUUCUAUUUAUGAAAUAUUUUACAUCAUUUAAUUUGCUUUUGUACAGGUUUCUGUAAAUAAAUUGCUUGUAAUUUUUGUCUCUGCAGAAAUUAAAAUAUAACAUGGUAAAACUA